CAGGAAGACCCUUUUACCGUGUGAUUUGUGUUGUGGUCGACUCAUUUUCCCGUCCUUCAGCAGGAAAAUGUACUACAAGUUCAGCGGUGUUACCCAGAAACUGACGGGGUCUGGCCCCGCGGCCGCCUACAGCCCUCAGGGGCUGAGGUCAGGUGUGCCAGCAGAGGCCCCCGCCAUGGUGUUUGCCACACCCACCAAGAUAGCGUCACAGGCGGGGUCCACGUUGGAGUACAUGGGAGUAAACAGGGUUCCUGAACUUCAGAGGCUCUUCCAGAAGUCAGACGGUAUCCCCAUUCAUUUGAAGCGUGGCGUCCCCGACAGGCUACUGUACCGCACCACCAUGGCUCUCACCAUAGGAGGCGCUCUCUACUGUCUGGUGGCUCUUUAUUUUGCGGCCCAGCCCAACAAAAAGUGACCAACGCAAAACCCGGGAUCUUUCUGUCAUCGACCCAACAUUCCCAGCCUCCAUGUGCCCCUGCUGUGCCACCUCUUGGGACUCAUAUUUAUGUUAUGACAUCACACUCAACAAUAACAAUAAUUACGUCUGUCUUCUUUGUAAAUCAAAUGUCUACGGUAAUAAAUAUUAUGGGAAAACGAA